AUGCCAAUCCAGGUAAUUGGAACGGAUCUCAGUCCGACUCAACCGUCGAUGGUUCCCCCAAACCUACAUUUCGAAGUCGAUGAUUUCACCGAGCCAUGGCUAUUUCGCAAGGAAAGCUUCGACUUCAUCCAUGCGCGAUCAUUGUUCGGCUGUGUAGCCGACUGGCCAAAUUUCUACUCGGAAGCAAUGGCUCACCUUGCCCCUGGCGGAUACAUUGAACAAGUGGAAAUAUCGGUGGUUCCCAUGUCCGACGAUGGCUCCGUAACACCAGAUUCCAUCAUGGCACAAUGGGGCAAGAUAUCCCUCGAGCUUGGCGAAAAGUUUGGGAAAUCGCUCAAUACGGCUAAUGAAUCAAGAGUCGGGAUAGAAGCAGCAGGUUUCAUCAACGUUGUCGAGCAUCGUUGGAAACUACCUAUCGGCGGUUGGCCGGCAGACAAGCGAUUCAAGGAACUUGGCCAAUGGAAUCGCAUCAACUGGGAGCAAGGUAUCGAAGGAUGGUGCAUGUAUCUGCUGACUACCCUGAUGAAAUGGACCGUGCCUGAAGUGCAGGUCUAUUUGGCAAAAAUGAGAGCAGCGCUGAAGGAUCGCCGCAUACAUGCAUACCAGGAAGUGUCACUGGUCUAUGGGCAAAAGCCACCACGACAACGCAAGAACGAUGACGAAUAA